AUGGACAAUAAUUCAAAGGUAAAUGAACAUAUAGAAAAUUUAAAUAAUACAAUAAUACAAAAAUACAAAAUAUGGGUUGAUUUACCUGAAACGCGGAAUAUUUUGAGCACAUCAGUGAGUAGAAGUUUUAUUAAUAUUCCUUAUGAAAAAUAUAAAUUCAAUUUGAGAAGAAUGAAUACAAUAGAUACUGCAGAUUUAAUCAAUAAACAAAAAUUAUGCGAAUUACCAAAAAUUUCUCACAAAAAUAUAAGCAAUACAGAAAAUAUAAAUGAUUAUAAUAAAACGGAUCAAAUUAAGAGCAUGAAUGGAGAUAUAAGUAAUAAUUCUAGUUUGAAUGAAAUAAAAGAAGAAAAAAAAAAAAAUAUGAAUGUAACAAAAAUAAAAAAUCAAACGAAUUUAAAAAGUGACGAUACAAAUCCAUCAUUUGGGACACAAUUUCACGAAAAGGGAACAUGCAAUCCUUGUAGAUACGAAUGGACACGGGGAUGCCAUAUGGGUAGGUUUUGCCGAUUUUGUCAUCAUUCUUCGCAUGUACCUUUAGGUACAGAACGAGUAGUACCAGAUCCCAAAAUUUUGGCUACUACCAAAGUUAGACCGGAGAAUAUUUUAACUUUCAGAAAAUUUGCGAGUUAUGCAACAAGUAUGAAUUCUUUGGCGGAUGUUAAUUCUUCAAAUUAUAUAUAUGAAGACAAAGUGAAAACAUAUAAUAAUAAUAAAAUUAGUAGUCCAAAUAGAAACAACUUAAAUAAUACAAAUAAUUAUAAAAAUGGAAAUAGCUAUAAAAAUAGUUCCAAUUUAAAAAAAACUAGUAAUUACAAAAGCACAAGCAAUUAUAAAAACACAAAAGUUUAUAAAAAUACAAACAUUUAUAAAAACGCCGAUAACUUUGUAAGCAUAAAUAACCUAAACAAUACAAGUUAUCUUAACUUUAAAUAUUAUAAUGACACAAACUAUUUUAAUAAUUACGAAAAUUUAUCAUAUUGUUAUAAUAGAACAAAGUUAUUUUCAAAUAAUAAAGAUAAUGAAUUUCAUAAAACAUUGGAUCCCUUUUCAAAAAACAAGGAUACAUUAAAAAAUUUUAAAGAAUUGAACUCUAUUACUAAGGAAUAUGCUAUAAAAACUAUCAAUUCAUAUCAAAGAAUCAAAUUAGUUUCUUAA